UGCUUUUAACCGACGCACGCGAGCUUGCCGGAUGUUUAUGGAACCACAUGUUGUUACCCGGUUAUAAAAGCACAUUUCUGUGGAUGUAGUUUGUGGAAAGUAGAAGAAAACGUUUGUAGCUUGAAUCAGGAUGUCGGCUUCGUUGAUCAGGAGAGGACUGGAGCUGCUGAGCAAUGACAUUAAAGAUGUCACUAAAGUGAAGAAGAAGCAGCAGCAGACCCCCAGCUCAGCCACAGUGAUGGAGCUGGUGAGCACCAAGCGGCAGGGAGUUACCAAGCAGGUCAAAAGACUGCAAGGCCGUCUUGGGCCUGGCAAGAGCAAAGCCACUGUUAAAGACAAGAGGAUCAAGUCUGCAGUGGAGGAGUUCAGGAAGAAGCAGGGGAAGAGCCAUUUGAGUGAGAACCUCAAAUACUUUAUGGCAACUGGCUGUAAAGCAACGGAUUCUGACACACUGAAGAUCGUGAACCACAAUAAAGGGAGGCAGUCAAGAAAUCACCCGGACAGGCCUGUGAAGAAGGCCAAAGAGGCAAAGUCUUUGUUCACAGAGGAGGAGUUCCAGCAGUUUCAGAAGGAAUACUUUGGCAGGACUGUGGAGGAAAAGAAAUAAAACAGACACAAAGACACUGCGCCCACAGCAGAAGCUCCAGGGCUGCGUUUGGAGGAUCGAA